AGCCACCACAACACCUUGAUAUUAUUUUGGAAAAGCCGCCUCCUCAAACAAUUUACGAGCCCCACUUCCACAGGAUCAUCUCCUAAAAUAGCCAGGUAGGGUGGGAGAAAGCUUCCCCUUUCAGGCGAACUGCAUUCAUAACUUCAAACGCCUCACUUCUGUAGAUUAAACCAGCAAUAGCAAUGGCUUCUUGUUCAACUUCCACACCAGUUUGUUACUUUCCUCCAUCUUCAGUGGGAGCAACUGCAAGAACAAGACCAGCUGUCCAGUCCGCCUCCAUUUCACUGCAGGGGAGGUCGUAUAAAAAGGGCCUUUCACUUUCUAUAAUGCCCACUCGGUUGUUUUCCCCAAAACCAGGGUUUGCUUAUUUGGUUGCCAGAGCAGCAACAUCAAAAGAAACUUCGACCGAUGUAUCAAACAAGCUUGAAGAAUUGCCUGUAAGAGAGGAAUUACCUGAAGAAAAUUCAUUGAAUGCAUCAAAACAGCUCGAAGAAUUGCCUGUAAGAGAGGAAUUACCUGAAGAAAAUUCAUCGAAUUUAUCAAAACAGUUUGAGGUUUUGUCUGUAGGAGAAGUACAGGAAGACAAUUCAUCUGAUGUAACUGAGCAGUUUGAUAACAUAUUUAUCGACUUAAAGAGAAAGUUUGAUUCAAUUGAGGACAAGCCAACAGUUUUAAUCUACGGAGGUGCUGCUGUGGUGGCUUUAUUGGUCACAACAGCUGUUGUUGAUGCAAUCGAAUCCGUUCCUUUGUUCCCAAAAGCUAUGGAGUUUGUCGGCUUUGGCUACACAGUUUGGUUUGUGUACCGUUAUCUGCUUUUUAAGAAGAGCAGAGAGGAACUAGCAGCUACUAUCGAGGAGCUCAAACAAAAAAUUACAGGGUGACAAGAAAGUUUAUACCGUUGGAAUCCAUGUUUGCUUCUAAUCUAAUAUUUAAACUUAUUGAUCUUCUUUUCAUCACUAUGUGCCAUGGUUUUGUGUUGUGUUCUUGUAUGAGUACUUAGGAAUUCUGUUGCUGCUACUGUGUGUAAAUAUAUACGUUAUAUAUUGAUGGCCUAGUUAAAAUAUUGAAAGGAAAAAAGUUGAUUUUUCAUGGAAGACCAUGUAAUUGAUGUCCUCUAAUUUUCACAA